UUUGGUUUUUUUCCACUAGUUUCUUAGUUUCCUUGAAAAGCAUGAAAUUUUUGGGACUGGUACCUAUUUGGUCUGUAUAAAUAAUAACCCAUUUCGCUGUUUCAUUUCUCACUUUGUUUGCAAACUUCAAAUUCCUUAAAGAGAGAGAGAGAGCAGAGCAGAAGAAAAACAAUGGAGGGGAAAGAAGAGGAUGUGAGGCUUGGAGCCAACAAGUUCUCAGAGAGACAACCCAUAGGGACCUCAGCACAGACAGACAAGGACUACAAAGAGCCACCACCAGCACCAUUGUUUGAGCCUGGGGAGUUGCAGUCAUGGUCGUUCUGGAGAGCUGGGAUUGCUGAGUUUGUUGCCACUUUCUUGUUCCUCUACAUCACUAUUUUGACUGUCAUGGGAGUUUCCAGGUCCCCAAACAAGUGUGCCUCUGUGGGUAUUCAGGGCAUUGCUUGGGCCUUUGGUGGCACCAUCUUUGCCCUUGUCUACUCAACUGCUGGUAUUUCAGGUGGGCACAUAAACCCAGCAGUGACAUUUGGUCUAUUCCUAGCAAGAAAGCUGUCCCUGACCAGAGCCAUAUUCUACAUAGUGAUGCAAUGCCUUGGUGCAAUUUGUGGUGCUGGUGUGAUUAAGGGAUUCGAGAAGUCCCGUUACCAAGUCCUUGGUGGUGGAGCCAAUGUGGUGAACCAUGGCUACACCAAGGGUGAUGGUCUUGGUGCUGAGAUUAUUGGCACUUUUGUUCUUGUCUAUACCGUUUUCUCUGCAACUGAUGCCAAGAGAAACGCCAGAGACUCCCAUGUCCCCAUCUUGGCACCGCUUCCGAUCGGGUUUGCAGUGUUCUUGGUGCACUUGGCUACCAUUCCCAUUACUGGAACUGGCAUCAAUCCUGCCAGGAGCCUUGGUGCUGCCAUCAUUUACAACAAGGACCAUGCUUGGGAUGAUCAUUGGGUCUUUUGGGUGGGACCAUUCAUUGGAGCUGCACUUGCUGCACUGUACCACCAGAUAGUCAUCAGGGCAAUCCCAUUCAAGACCAGGGCUUGAAAACUCUAAAAACCUUUUUUUUUUUUUUUUUUUUUCUGUUUCUUGUGUAUUAUGUCAUCUAUAACUUCUAGUCUGUUAUUGUGUAAUUUUCCUUUUUCCUUUUAUGUUUUAUACUGAUGAGAUUGGGCUUGGGAUAUGGUUGAUUAUGUGUAUAACUUAUUCUGCUUUAUGGAAUGUAAGAUUAUGUUUAUGAUGA